AUGCCGAAUUGUGUUAUAAGAGGGUGUAAAAACCAAACUUCAAGAGAUAAAAAGCUGGAUGGAAUAACAUUUCACAUAUUUCCGUUUCGUGAUCAAAAUAUAAAAGAGAAAUGGGUUGCAGUCAUUCGUAAUAGUCGGAAGGAACCAUCAUGGCAACCAAGUAGCCGCAGCGUAGUAUGUUCAGCUCAUUUUAAUAGCGACGAUUUGUACUAUACAAAGAAAGGGUUGCGUCGUGUGCUAAAAAGCGGAUAUCCAAAGAUUUUACCAAACGUAAUUCAAGGAUCAGAUAAUGUAGACCUGAGCCAACCGCCUUGUGUUAAAGAAGAGCCUCCUGCACUAGAUCCGCCAAAUGAUUUAAACUUCAGCCAGCCUUCUGGUUCAUGUGCUAUUUUACCGAAAAUAAUUAAAGGAUCAGAUAAUGUCUACCUAAGCCAUCCUCCUAGUGUUAAAGAAGAGCCUGCUUCACUAGAUCCGUCAAAUGAUUUAAACUUCAGCCAGCCUUAUAGUUCAUAUGCUAAAGAAGAGCCUGCUGCACUAAAUUUUUCAAAUGAUUUAAACUUCUGCCUUCAGCCUUCUGGUUCAUGUGCUGUUCAACCAGUGCAAUCCAAUUCAUCAGUUUUUGACAUACUCAGAAACCACAAGCUACAGGAAAGAGUCUCAUCGUUAGAGAAAAAUCUAGAAAAAUAUAAAAGAAAAAUAAAAACCUUAAACCAAAAAGUUAGGCGUCUUCACAAGAGAAACAAAUAUUUAAGAGAAAAACUAGAUGAUCAUAUCAUAGAAUACUAG